CGCGCCACUGCGAUUGCCCGUAAAGACGUCUGCCCUCGAACGGGUCUCCCUUCCUUCUCUUUAAGCUCUUUUUAUCAAAAAUUUUUAACUUCUCGUUUGAACAUGAUAAGAAAGUCGUCUUCGCUUCACGGACUCUCGUACCAGUUUCUCAGACAUCAAGGAACCUCCGUGUCUCCCCACCUAAAGGUCUCUCCGCCUUUUUGCCCCCGUUUCUCCCCGCACUUGAAUCACGGCUGGUUUCGAGAAAGCCCGAUAAGGUUCGAUUAACAGAGAGAGAGAGGGAGAGAGAGAGAGAAGAGAGAGACCCAUCAACCUGCUACGCUGUGCUCGUUUGCUCGGUGUUCAAAUAGAGCUCGGAUUUUGAGGAGGGGAGCUCUUGAGGGCGGCGGAGAAUGGCUUGCACGAAGGAGUCGCGCUCUGCCUCGGCGGAGGGCGCGAAGAUCAAAGGAGUCCACACGCAUGGAGGUCGCUACGUGCAGUACAAUGUGUAUGGGAACUUGUUCGAGGUCUCGGCCAAGUAUGUCCCCCCAAUCCGCCCCAUCGGUCGAGGCGCAUACGGUCUUGUCUGUGCUGCUGUGAACUCGGAGACCAGAGAGGAGGUCGCCAUCAAGAAGAUUGGCAAUGCAUUUGAUAACAGGAUAGAUGCCAAAAGGACGCUGAGAGAAAUCAUGCUUCUCCAUCACAUGGAUCAUGAGAAUGUUAUAGCUAUCAAGGACAUCAUACGGCCACCCAGGAAAGAAACCUUCAAUGACGUCUACAUCGUUUAUGAAUUGAUGGACACUGAUCUUCAUCAGAUAAUUCGGUCUGACCAACCAUUAACGGAUGAUCAUUGUCAGUACUUCCUGUAUCAGUUGUUGCGAGGACUGAAGUAUGUACACUCCGCCCAUGUGUUGCACCGUGAUCUCAAGCCUAGCAAUUUGCUUCUAAAUGGGAAUUGCGACCUGAAAAUAGGAGAUUUCGGUCUAGCGAGGACAACAUCUGAAACAGAUUUCAUGACUGAGUAUGUUGUCACACGAUGGUACCGAGCACCUGAGUUGCUCCUGAAUUGCUCGGAGUACACUGCUGCGAUCGACAUAUGGUCUGUUGGUUGCAUACUCGGAGAAAUCGCAACCAGAGAGCCACUGUUCCCGGGUAAAGACUAUGUUCAUCAGCUGAGGCUAAUCACAGAGUUGAUAGGCUCUCCUGACGACGCCAGCCUCGGUUUUCUCCGAAGCGACAACGCCAGGAGAUAUGUCAGGCAGCUUCCACAGUACCGGAAACAACAGUUCCCUAUGAGAUUCCCUAACAUGUCUCCUGGGGCCACCGACUUGCUAGAGAAAAUGCUUGUGUUUGAUCCCAACAAGCGCAUAACUGUUGACGAGGCGCUUUGUCACCCUUACCUAUCAUCUCUCCACGACAUUAACGACGAGCCAGUCUGCCCCAGGCCCUUCAACUUUGAUUUCGAGCAUCCAUCGUGCACUGAAGAGCACAUCAAAGAGCUCAUCUGGAGAGAAUCCAUGAAGUUCAAUCCCGACCCCGCCUGAUCAGGAACAAUCGGUCGCAGCUUCGCAUACUCUCAGGAUAAUGUCGUGGAAAUGAGUCCUCCCGUGAUCCAAUUGGCACGUCACCUGUUUGCUAGAGACAGCGGGAGAGGUGUUAAAGAGUUGUCUGUUAUAUUUGUGGGAAUUGAAGCAAACUCCUGUAUAAAGGGGCUUGGAUGUGAAUUUUCAUUCUAGAGGGAAAUUCCAAUUCUCUAGAAAUAAGGAGAUAUAAAAGAGAUAUGUUGGAGCAGGCUACCUUAAUCCUUUUGUGAGCUAAACUAACUUGGAAUUGAAGCAAAAUGAGUACGUCUCAUUUGUUAUGGAUUUGGAUUUCUGCUGGUUACUGGGAAUCUGCAGUUGCAUUUUG